AUGGGAAAGCCAACGCUGCGCAUGCUCGCCUCGCUGGGGAAAUAGCGCGUAGCUUGUUGACGUGAUUAUUUGCAUACUGCUCGGUAAUAACGGACUCCAUAGUAAUGAACGGGACGCCCCCACCACCGCCAUUGGACCGGGAGGAACACACGCUGCGAUUAGGAGAGAGCUUUGAGAAAAGGCCGCGCUCCUCCUUCCACACAGUACGAUAUGAUUUUAAGCCAGCCUCAAUUGAUACCUCCUGUGAGGGAGAACUUCAAGUCGGCAAAGGUGAUGAAGUCACCAUAACGUUACCACAUAUCCCAGGCUCAACACCUCCUAUGACUGUCUUCAAAGGGAAUAAGAGGCCCUACCAGAAGGACUGUGUGCUUAUAAUAAACCAUGACACUGGAGAAUAUGUCCUGGAAAAACUAAGCAGCAGCAUACAAGUCAAGAAGACUAGGGCUGAGGGGAGCAGCAAGAUACAGGCUCGCAUGGAACAACAAUCUGCUCGUUCUUCCCAGCCAAGCUCCCAGUUUAAGACCCCAUCCAAACUAUCUGCUGGACCUAAAACCUCUCCAGUGAAGGACCAUCCAUCUCCAGAGCCUCAGCUUGAUGACAUCAAGAGAGAACUGAGAGCCGAGGUCGAUAUGAUUGAACAGAUGAGCAGCAGCAGUGGAUCCAGUUCGUCUGAUACAGGAAGCUCCUCUGGGAGUGAUGAUAGUUCCAGCAGUGGAGCAGAAGAUGACACACACACAUCUCCUUCUCAGCAGUAUGGCAAUCGAACAUCUGUCUCCAAUGGUACCAACAGAGCCCAGGGAUCCAACCAGCUUAUGAACACUCUCCGGAAUGACCUUCAGCUAAGUGAAUCGGGAAGUGACAGCGACGACUAAAGAAGACACUUUAAUCAUGUAUAUAUUUCAUCUCCUCAUCUGCAGAGAAAUGUCCUCAUUCACACCCGCCGAAGUACUACAUCAGGUGCUGGCUCUUGAGAAAAACAAUAUUUCAAAUUUGCUAAUACAAGAAUGGACACUUUUCUUUAUGAAGUAGACCUGUUCAAAAAGCUAUUGUGUGUAUGUGUAUGUGUGUGCGUAUGUGUGUGUGUGUGGAGUUGUAGUAGUCGAGAACCUCUUUCCACCAUGUUGGAGAGCUCUUGGACUGGAGUCAUGUAGCAGACAUUGUUAACUGUUAGUCUAAACUGCUAUUUCAUUUUAAAUGCCACUGCAGUCUUCAUAAUAUUUGGGGAAAUUAGAAGUCUGUUUUCUCUGCACUAGCUUGUAGGUGUAUAUUAAUGUUUUAAAAAAUGUUCCUGUGUAUAUAUUAUAUAUACAUAUAUUAAUUCUAACUCUGUAUUUAUGUAUUGGAAAGGGAUAAAUGGUUUUUAAGUA